GAUCUCGUGACCUGAAGGCGCCAUUCAAACGCAGAUCAGCGGAUAAACAGGAAACAAAGAAGGAGUGAAGCUCUCAGUGUGUCCACAGUUAACGAGGAGAAAUGGCGACGAAAAGAGUUCAUCUGGACCAAACAAGAUUCUGCUGUUCGAUCUGUUUGGAUCUACUGAAGGAUCCGGUGACUAUUCCCUGUGGACACAGCUACUGCAUGAACUGUAUUAAAGGCUACUGGGAUGUAGAGGAGACGAGAAUCUACAGCUGCCCUCAGUGCAGACAGACCUUCACACCGAGGCCUGUCCUGGUGAAAAACACCAUGUUAGCAGUUUUAGUGGAGCAGCUGAAGAAGACUGGACUCCAAGCUGCUCCUGCUGAUCACUGCUAUGCUGGACCUGAAGAUGUGGCCUGUGAUGUCUGCACUGGGAGAAAAAUGAAGGCAGUGAAGUCCUGUUUGGUCUGUCUGGCAUCUUACUGUGAGGAACACCUUCAGCCUCAUUAUGAUUCACCUCCAUUAAAGAAACACAAGCUGGUGGAGCCCUCCAAGAAGCUGCAGGAGAACAUCUGCUCUCGUCAUGAUGAGGUGAUGAAGAUGUUCUGCCGUACUGAUCAGCAGAGUAUCUGUUAUCUCUGCUCUGUGGAUGAACAUAAAGGCCACCACACAGUCUCAGCUGCAGCAGAAAGGACUGAGAGGCAGAGAGAGCUCGAGGUGAGUCGACUAAACAUCCAGCAGAGAAUCCAGGACAGAGAGAAAGAUGUGAAGCUGCUUCAACAGGAGGUGGAGGCCAUCAAUCAGUCUGCUCAUAAAACAGUGAAGCUCUCAGUGUGUCCACAGUUAACGAGGAGAAAUGGCGACGAAAAGAGUUCAUCUGGACCAAACAAGAUUCUGCUGUUCGAUCUGUUUGGAUCUACUGAAGGAUCCGGUGACUAUUCCCUGUGGACACAGCUACUGCAUGAACUGUAUUAAAGGCUACUGGGAUGUAGAGGAGACGAGAAUCUACAGCUGCCCUCAGUGCAGACAGACCUUCACACCGAGGCCUGUCCUGGUGAAAAACACCAUGUUAGCAGAUUUAGUGGAGCAGCUGAAGAAGACUGGACU